CAACACAUCUUUCAAAUUCGCUAUUUGAACGGAGUUCUCUUUCGAUAAUCAUAAAGAGACAGCGUGAGUUGAGCAACUUCCCGGACUCUGCACAGAGUGAUUAUUCGCCGCAAAGGCAGUGUGGUUCUCUUGAUGAGCAGCGAUUCCCAACUAUAGUCGACACUCUCAAGACUCGGUUCAUCCCCCGAAAUAGA